UAUCCUCGGUUCCCAUUAUUACGGCAGUAGUACCAACGCAAGAACUGGCGGCUUCCCCAAAAAUAAUAUUCGCACUUGACAGUCAGAAAUAUGUAUGUGGACCGUAUCUGAAAUCUCCAGGAUCUCGUUAUUUGUACAGUUUUUGAGUGAUUGAUAAUAUGUUUCGCGUUUGUCCUUAGUCUGUUGCAGAGUGCAGAGUGGAAAAGCUUUAAAGGAUCUCCCUCUCUAUAUGGAGAUGGUGUUCAAAUACAUGGAGUAAGCUCAAACAAGUGCAGAAGUGUCCUAGUAAUGAGUAGUGUUAAGCCCGAAAGGACAUUAUCCUUCGACGUAGUCGCCACCAACUAGUGCAUAUUUAUGUGUUUUGUAUGGAGUGUCAAUUGCUUUAAGGAUCAGCAGUCGUUUGUGAAUAAUGUUUAGAAGCAAAAAUGAGGGUAACAUCGUGUACAAGUGCACAGUUCGCCUUCUGGAGGAUUCCGAAGUGCUUGAAUGUGAAUUUCAGCCGAAUCACAAAGGAUGCUUUCUUCUUGAAUAUGUCUGCGAGCAGUUAGACAUUGCCGAAAAGGAUUAUUUUGGUCUUCGAUAUGUUGAUAGCACUAAGCAAAGACACUGGUUGGAUUUGGCCAAGUCAAUAAUAAAACAAAUGAAAGAUGUCGAUCCCAUUUUAUUUUCAUUUCGUGUAAAAUUUUAUCCAGCCGAUCCGUUUCGAUUGGCUGGAAAUGGAAGGCUUAUGUUGUAUCAACAGUUGAAAAGGGAUUUGAGGCAUGGAAGGUUGUAUUGUUCGACAGGAGAAGCUGCAGCCCUGGGAGCAUUGAUUGUUCAAGAGGAACUGGGUGACUUUGAUCCUGAAAUUCACACUGGCGAAUAUGUUUCAUCGCUGCGUCUGGCACUUCGUCAAACUGACGCCCUUGAGAAAAAAGUCAUAGAACUACACAAGAAACGAGAACCUGGUCAGGAACCUUCUGUUGCUAUGGACGAAUUCAUGGGGAUCGCACGCGGAUUAGAAACUUAUGGAGUUGAUCCUCAUCCUGUGAAAGAUCAUCGUGGAACACAGCUGUACUUAGGGAUAAAUUAUUCGGGUAUAAGUACAUUUGUGUCGGGGAAAAGAGCACAACAUUUUCGGUGGCCAGAAGUGCAUAAGUUAAAUUAUGAGGGAAAAAUGUUUAUAGCCCAUUUGAGCUAUACGGAUGCGAGUCGCGAACCGAAAAAGCACACGAUUGGCUUUAAGUGUCCUACAGGCGCAGCAUGUAGAUAUGUUUGGAGAUGUGCGAUAGAGCAAAUGUUAUUUUUUACGCUUCCAAAUAGUCAAAAUGCUUCAGUUGUGUCCGGCGGAGGUUUCUUUUCAUGGGGCACAAAAUUCAGAUACAGUGGCAGAACAGAACGUGAAAUCCUAACAGAAAGUCUGAACGCACUGCGUGAACAACAGCUGGCCAACUCAACGUCGCCCAGCAAAAGGAAAGCUAGCAGCGUUCCAGCCACACCGUCCAGUCCGCAAGGCGAUCUAGCACAAAUCCGAUACAGCAGUCUACCACGUUCGGCGAUGUCCGAACCAUUGGGCAACUGCUCAUCCGAUCAUAUAGGGAAUAUCUAUAAUCCGGACAAUGCAAUGCAAUUACUUGAGCCUGUCUCGGAAGAGGCGAGGAGAGCAUCGUCAAAUCUUCUGGACAAUGCCAACAAUCCCGAAUUAUCGGAUUAUUAUUUUCGAGAUUCAUUUGAACAUUCGUCGACCGAGAGUGGUUUGACAAAUACAUACGUUGAUACGCAACGCUUGCACCAUCAAUUGCAGCAGCAUCAACUGCAACAGACCAAACAUCAUCAGUACGGCUCGCGUAAAGAACAAUCGUUACCGUCGGGAGCGCUACACAACCGUAUGUUACUAGCAUCUGGAGCAGCAUCAUCUGCGCCUGAUUCCUAUAUAUCGCAAACUUCCAUUAGUAAUUCAGCAGUAAUUCGGCAAAAUGCAGCCAAUAGUGCUAAAAGCGUUAGAAAAUUUAGUCUGCUUCAUGCUUUCAUUCCAUCAUUUUUAUUUGUCGUCACCACCAUGGUCAUUUCGGCUAUAUUUAUCCUAGAAUCCGAGUCAGAGACUCUCGCACAAGUUAGAAACUUACCCGAAAUGAUUAUUCUCAAGUACCAUUAUUAUCAGCCAUUGAAAGAUUAUAUUGCGAAAUACUUCGGAGCAAAGUCGUAAUGAGGGUUGUUUUUCACUGGAGAAGAUGGUAGAGUCUUUUGUUCGUUAUGAAGUAGAGAUUUCUAAUCCGAGGGAUAGAUGCAUUUCCAUUGGUAAAUGUGAUUCGUGAAAGAAAAAAAUAAGUUAUGGGUUUCGGUAUAUCCAACUAUGGCUUGUUCAAAAUUAUCUCUUACAUAGAAGUAAAAAAACAGAUAUAAAGGACUCGGUUUGGGAAAUUCGACUCUUUUUUUAUUACCCAUACUCACUCGUCCGUUGUUUACAUUUUUUUAAAAUCUUACUUCUCACGUGUCAUGCAGAGAAAUCCACCAUUGAGCAGAGCUUCAUUGGAAUUCCUGCUUUCACCGUCUGUAGAUAGUAGACGCUUUCCAUUUGCGAGUUUCUUAUAAUUGCUGGAUGAUUUUCAUUUGCGAAAGUUUUAGUAGUGAAACCAAAGGUUGAGUGAUUGUUUAUAGUUGAAUUUUAUACAGUUUAGAUAUAUGUAAAUAAGCUUCGAGAAGAGAGUAAGGAACAUAUUUAUCUGGUACAAUACCAAACACACUAAUGCAAAACCCAAAUGAAUGGGACCACGUUAACGACAAAUUUAUUGCCAAAAUAUUUUUUAAGAUUCACAUGAACAGGCCCAACUGCACUUUUCUUAUGAAUUUCUACAAUUAACAAGAACUUGAAAAUUGGUAUAAACAUUUCAUUUAAUGAACACGUGUCUUUUUUUUUUACUUUCACUUUUUAUGAAUAUCUGGCAUUGCACGUGCACUCUAUUCUCAAAGUCAGCAAAUGUUGAAGAGGAGAUUGACAAAUCUAAAUUUUACUUAAUCACUCUUAUCAAAUUUAUUUAAUUCAAAAACCUUUGGUUUUGUCAGAUGAAAGGUACUUAAAGAUACUUGUAGAGUGGUAAGUUAGCAUUGCAAGAAAAGUUUAAAUUCUAUUCAUCUUAACUUGCAGAUCUUCUCUAUUUUUGCUCAGAAUCUUACAAUAAACAAUAUCCAGCAUAUGUUGAUACAUGUUUAAGCGACUGAAAUCCCAGCAUUCUUUCAAAAGUUUCAGCCAAAUAGUACAGACCAAGAAGUAUAAUCCUUAAGCAAAAAGAAUAAUAGAUUAAUGGUUAAUGAUUUUGUUCAUAAUUCGGUUGUUAGGAUUGAGACUUUAAUAGUUCGGAUCUUGUUUGCUUGAAUGUAAACUCAGUUUACGUGAAAUCUGACGAGUAACGUGCGUUUUGCAACAAUUGAUAAAGCUGUGCCUAAGGGAGCGUAACUGUCUUUAACUUUAAGAGGGUCAUCCCGUGUAAUGGCCGUUUGUUUUGGCUUUUUUUAGAAAUUUUUUG